AUGGCUGCAGCAUGCAUGGCUUUAGCCAAUCAGGUUUGCUCAACACAGCCGAAGAUUCGAGGGCGUUAUGGUCUCUCGGGGGUUUUGAAUACGCCGGGUUAUCCGUCGAAGUACAAACAAGCAGAAACACAGAUUUGGAACAUAACGGUUCCCAUAGAUAACUCCAUCCGCCUUCAAUUUAUCCACUUCCAAUUACAACAAGUCGACUGUAAGAACCUUUACAUCGAAAUUAGAUACGACAACCAAAACACAGCAUUGUGCUCUUAUAAUAGCUCUCUACCAUUAACAUUUCAAACUUCUGGUCGCCAUCUUAUCAUUGAGCUUUUCAACCCUGAUGGACUUGAAAACAGAUUCCUGGCCUACUACAAAGCAGUGGCACGUGAUGAGCCAAUUGUUCCAUGUGCGUACCCCCUUGUACAUGAAUAUGAAGGAGUUUGCUACGGAUUCCAAAACAAUUUGGCUGGUCAGGAUCCAUAUAAUACUUGCAAAGAGGUAAAGUCUACUCCCGCUUCUUUAAUCACCGACAAAGAGAACGUUUAUGCUGUAGGUCUUCUUCAUCAACAUGGUUACAGUGAAGCUUUGAUUGGUCUGAAACAUUCACCAACUAAUAAUUCAUAUCUGUGGAUGGAUGGCUCGACUUUAGUCUUGACUAGAUGGUCACAAGGAGACCCACCAGUACCCCCUGAUCAAGGCCUGGUCUAUUGCGCUGCGCUGAACAGUGAUAGUAAAUGGCACCAAAAGCUUUGUUUCAUUCAAUCGCCAGUACUGUGUAAGAGAAAAGUAUUGCCGAGGUCUUUGUCCUCCGACACGUGUUCGAGUCCACUUGGCAUUCAAGAUAAACGAAUAGAAAAUAGCUUGAUUUCAGCUUCUACCAGCAAUUUUCAAAAAGGAGCAAGUGAAGCAAGGCUAUAUCAUUCAAACUGGUGGCAGUCAAAUAAAAAUGAUAACGAGCAAUGGAUUGAGGUGAAAUCGCCAUCAGGAAAAUUCAAUAUUACAGGAGUUGCUAUACAGGGCAGUCCAAAUGGGCAAAACUUUGUCAAGAAUUUCUGGAUAUACUAUAGUAAUCAUGGUUCAGAAUUGAUACUUUACAACAAGGGACACAACAAAAACGCAUGGGUAUUUCGUGGAAACAUUGGGAAAGGUGUGCAGUUUGUUUUAUUAAGACCCUCAGUUGUUGGAUGGAGAAUUCGUAUUCAUCCAAGACAAUGGGAAGGCUCUAUUGCAUUGAGGAUGGAAUUAUAUGGAUGCUACUUGAAAGAACAAAAUAACUGUACACUACCGAUUGGAAUGCAAGAUAUGGAAAUAAAGGAUGAGGAUAUCAACGCUUCAUCAUCAACCCUUCCAAUGAAUCCUCGGCUUCACUGGGAUUUAUUAUCGUCUUCAGAGCAUAGCGGUUGGAGGGCCGGUGUCCUUAAUUCAAUGCAAUGGCUGCAAAUUCAAUUGAAAAACCAUUAUAAAAUAACUGCUAUAGCGACUCAGGGUCUUGCAAGCGACUACGCAUGGGAGUGGGUAACUAAAUAUAGAUUGAGUUACAGUCACCAUGAUAAUGUGUUCUUUUAUUAUGAAGAAGCUAAUGAAAUUAAGGUGUUUGAAGGGAACAGUGACAGAAAUUCGGUUGUGAAGCAUUUCUUGAAUAUCGAUCAAGCCAAUCAUGUUCGAAUUCUUCCAAAAACUUGGAACGGGCAUAUAUCUUUGAGAGCAGAGCUGUACGGAUGUAAAGUGGAGAAAACUAAAGGAGGAUGUGACAUAGCUUUGGGUCUGGAGACGGGGGCAAUACCAGAUGGCAAUUUCAAAUCAUCGAGUAAUUACAAUGCUUAUCAUGAUGCCAAAGGAGCUAGACUUAAUUUUCUAGGAAAACCAGGCACUACUUCGGGUUGGAGUGCUGGAAAAAACGAUCAAAAUCCAUGGAUUAUGGUAAAGCUUGUUGACCUCACUUUAGUAACGGGAGUUGCUACGCAAGGAAGAGAUGAUUGGCCCCAAUGGGUUACGCGCUACCAAUUACGAUACAGUGACAACGGCCAACAGUUUAUAAUGUACACCGAAAAUGGCAACGUAAAGACAUUUGUGGGGAACUACGAUCAAAGUACUAUUAUAAAGCAGUAUUUACAAAACCCCGUAAGAAUGCAUUAUUUACGACUUUACCCAGUUGAUAGGUUUGGAUGGAUUUCUAUGAGAAUGGAAAUAUAUGGAUGCAAUUUCACUUUUUCGGAGUCCGAUUUAUGCUCCCAUCCCAUGGGUAUGGGUUCAACUUAUAUCCCUAUACAAGCUAUAAGUGCAUCUUCCAAGAUGAACGACGAGAGGUCCCCAAAUGCCUCAAGAUUAAUCCCGGAAACUAAUGACGGAAAUAAAGGAUGGCGUCCAAUAUAUUCAACCCCAAACGAAUGGCUUCAGGUCUACUUUGGAACUCGAUCCAAGAUUACAGGAAUAGCUACCAAAGGCAUAAAAGAUCAAAGCUCAUGGGUCACGUGGUAUCACGUCCUAUAUGGAAUGGAUGGAAACGCGUUUCAACCAUAUUUCAAUUACAGCAGUUUGAGUACUCCCAUGGGCAAUGUAAACGGGUACGGUAUUAAGAAACAUUAUCUUAAACCGGCAAUUGAGGCUAUAUACAUCAGAAUCGCGCCCAAGGAGUGGUAUGGGGGAAUUGCCUUGAAGGUGGAGUUUUAUGGAUGCGGAAAUUCCUAUACAGCAAACGCUAUGAAAACAACCUGCAAUGCAUCCAUUGGACUGGAAGAUGGAGCUUUUCUUUCGCCUGCAUUUCAGGCUUCAUCAGUUAAACCAAGUCGAGCAUAUUCCCCCUCGUAUGCGAGACUAAACAAUAUGUCUGCUUGGACAGCGGGACACUCAAAUGAAAAGCAGUGGAUACAGUUAUACUUCAAAGACGUUCACAUUAUAACUGCCAUUGCCACACAAGGAAUAGCGGACAAACAAGAAUGGGUCAAGUCUUAUAGAAUAGCUUUCAGUAAUUCCUACGAAGAAAAUACAUUUAAAGUGUAUAAUAGUUCCACUAUGACAGCAAAGGUAUUCAAAGGUAACCUUAAUAAUAGUGAUAUAGUCAAAAAUGAAUUCAAUCCGUCCUUCACGGCAAAGUACAUUAGACUUCUACCAGUCACGUGGAAUAUAAGGAUUUCAUUACGAAUGGAGCUCUAUGGCCAUACGGAUCCUACACUAUCUAUUCCAGGGGUGCCUUUGGGACUAGAAAAUGGAGCUGUUAAAGACGCAGCAAUUAAUUCUUCAAGUUAUUUACAUUCAUAUUACUACCCUUGGCAAGGAAGAAUUCGAUGGGAAAAUACAACGCACAGCUUCUGGAGUCCAUCGAAUAACGAUCUGAAACAAUGGCUGCAGGUCGAUCUUGGUAAGAUAACUAACUUGACAGGCGUUGCCACCCAGGGAGCCAAUAAUGAGCAAUGGUGGGUGACGAGCUACGUUUUGAAAUUUGCGUCAUUUUCUGCUACUAAUGGGUUUGAGUAUUACAUCGAGAACAAAAACCCAAGGAUUCCAAUGAGAAGAGGCAUCUAUUAG